CUUUAAUUCCAGUAUAUCCUUGUUACGUAAACUAGGAAGCAGAAGCUCCAUAUGCAGAAGGCCAGAUUCUUCCUGUUCUUUUCCUCCUGUCUACACAUUCCCAGAGCCUCCAUUUUCUUUGCAAUGGGAGACAUGGCCUCCAAGAUGAAAAUGCCUACAGAGGAAGAGGCAUUACCAGGAAGAGACAAAAAGAUCAUAGUUUCCAAUACUCAUGCAGCCAACAAGAAUCCCACGGUGCCCCCUUUCCCAGACAAUAUGAAGAUGUUCAUGUUUGGCAUGGGUUGCUUUUGGGGUGCAGAAAGAAAAUUCUGGAAAAUGUCAGGUGUUUUCUCUACUCAGGUUGGGUAUGCUGGGGGUUUCACCAAAAAUCCCACAUAUGAAGAAGUGUGCACAGGACAAACAGGCCACAAUGAAGUGGUCCGAGUUGUAUAUGAUCCCGCCAAGGUGGACUACUCUGCACUUCUCAAGUUGUUCUGGGAGAGUCACAACCCCACCCAGGGGAUGCGGCAGGGGAACGACGUGGGCACCCAGUACCGCUCUGGAAUCUACUACUAUGAUGAUGAUCAGAAGACACAGGCUCUUGAAUCUAAAGAAACCUACCAGAAGGUUCUGUCCAGGAAUGGCUACUCCACUAUCACCACAGAGAUCCUCCCAGCUCCAGAGUUCUACUAUGCAGAGGAUUAUCACCAACAGUAUCUGUAUAAAAACCCAGGGGGGUAUUGUGGACUGGGGGGUACAGGGAUCAGUUGUCCCAUAGGACUGAAGACCAAAGACAAGGAUGAACUGUGACUAGGCAGAUCAGGGAAGAGCAACUUGUAAUAGAAUUCAGGCCUGCAAUAUUGUCAGUUUUGUUGAUAUAUGG